AUGAAUAAGAUCCCGUUAGACAUCAGUACCCAUAUAUUGUCCCGUCUGCCUACAACGGAAUGUGUAGUAGAGUGCAAAUCUGUAUGCAAGGAUUGGAAUACCAUCCUUGUUCAGAAAAAGUUAGGUCUUUUUUUUGCUGCCUCAACAACCAUUGGAGUUGUUAAUACACGAUUCUUCAGUAGGGAACAAAUUAACGAGGAAAAUUAUGCUAUCAACGGAACACCUAGCAGUGAGGAGAGUGGUGGAAAUUUUACCGGACUAUCUCGUGUCCUGGUUGGGUCUUGCAACGGUCUCAUUUUCUUCUAUGUGCUACACAAUUUCAUCACUGAUCCUAUUUAUAUAAUGAAUUCAGCAACAGGUGAACAUCUCCACCUCCCUAAAAUUAAUCCUAUUAUUUUCCCAUCGAUACCAGCAAAUACUUAUUGGACAGGAAGUGUGGUAGGAGGUUUCGGCUACUGUCAGUUUAGUGGUGAAUACAAGGUGGUUAGAAUCUACAAUUAUACCAAUGUCCAAACAAACACUCUUGGCGAUGAGAGGGGAUGGAGAAACAAUGACGCGAUCUCCUACAAAUUCAAAGAAUCAGGUACGUAUGCACAAGGGUGUUUAUUUUGGCUGGAUUGCUCAGAGAAUAAGAUUGUAUCGUUAAACUUGGGAAACAAAAGUUUCCAAACAUGUUCGUCACCCCCAAUAGAGAUCCCUACGGAUCAAUCAUUUAGAGUUGGGAUAAUGUUGUUUGGAGUAACUCUAUGUGUUUACCAGCAAAAUGUACAAGGCAACACACUUAGUUUCUGGACACCUCUUUUGGAUAACAAUAAUAUGUCAUCCGUCGAGCCGAGUUUUACUGAAUGGAGCUGGAGUAAGCGGUUGAGCAUUGAGUUGGAAAAUCUGGCCAGCGUAAGGGAUGUUUAUCAACCAAUUGCUCUUUGUCUUUGUCGAUAA